UUUGCUGUUAGAUCGCUUAUCGGAGAUCUCAAAGUCCGCCUCUCUCCCGUGCGAUCUACCUCUCGUCGGACCUGACAUGGAUGUUAAGCUGGGAUAUGUUUUGUUUUUUGUUUUAUUGCGGUUACAACACACGAACGGUUUAUAUCUCACCAAUACAAAAGAGUCCCUCCAGGGUAAGCUCAGGGAGUACAGCCUGGUGUAUCCGGUCAGCACGGAUGCCGACGGACGCUUCCUCCUGCACGCCAUCUCGGCUGGCCGGCUCCGGGAGCAGCUGCCCGCGGUGGCCCAGCAGCAGCAGCAGCAGCAGCGGCGGCGCAGGAGGCGCGAGGCCACGCAGGAGCAGGAGGAGCAGGAGAGGGGGGGUCACCACGCGGCCGACCCCCCCGCCGCACACGCCACGAUGAUGGAGACGCUCUUCUACAACGUGACCGUGUUCGGGCGCGAACUCCACAUGCAGCUGCGCCGCAACUCGCGCCUGGUCGCCCCGGGGGCCACGCUGGAGUGGCGCGACGACGAGAACGGCGCCAACGGGACGACGACGCGCUACGAGCCACUUCUGCCCAGCGACUGCCUGUACGUGGGGCACGUCACAAAUCUGCCCGACACCUCAGUGGCCAUCAGCAAUUGUGACGGCUUGGCGGGGAUGAUCCGUGACGGGCAGGAGGAGUAUUUCAUCGAGCCGCUGGAGAGAGGACGUGCGCUGACCGGAGAGGAGCAGGGAGGUCCUGGCCGCCAUCACAUCGUGUACCGCGCCUCUGACAUCAACAGGCCGGAGGCCGCCCCCGCAGCCGACUUUCACUCGACUGUGGCAGGCCCCGACCUGAGCGGCGUGGGCGACCUGGAAGUGCUUUCCCGAGGGCUCCGCGAGCAGGUGAAUAAAACCAGGCGCACGCGCCGGGCCGUGGAGGACGAAGUGUUAAACAUCGAAGUGCUCUUAACCGCCGACUUCUCCGUGGUCGAGUUCCACGGCAGGGAACACAUCCAGAAGUAUCUGCUCACGCUCAUGAACAUCGUGAAUGAGAUCUACCAAGAUCGAACUCUGGGUGCUCAUAUCAACGUGGUGCUUGUCCGUAUUAUCAUUCUCGGUUACUCUCAGUCUGUGAGCCUCAUCGAGCUGGGGAACCCGUCAAAGAGCCUGGAGAAGGUGUGCCAGUGGGCUUUCCUGCAGCAGAAGUGCGACAAGAGCGAUGUGGAGUACCACGACCAUGCCAUCUUCCUCACACGCCAGGAGUUUGGCCCUACCGGCAUGCAGGGCUUCGCCCCUGUGACAGGGAUGUGCCACCCGGUGCGCAGCUGCACUCUCAACCACGAGGACGGCUUCUCCUCCGCCUUUGUGGUGGCGCAUGAGACUGGACAUGUGUUGGGUAUGGAGCAUGACGGCGAGGGGAACGACUGUGAGGACGAGGUGCCCAUGGGCAGCAUCAUGGCGCCGCUGGUCCAGGCCGCCUUCCAUCGCUUCCACUGGUCCCGCUGCAGCCGAGAGGAGCUCCACAAAUACCUCAACUCCUACAACUGUCUCCGGGACGACCCCUUCGAUCACAACUGGGCCGAGGUGGGCCGGCCAGGUCUGCCGGGCCUCCAUUACUCCAUGAAUGACCAGUGCCGCUUCGACUUCGGGAUGGGCUUCCUCAUGUGCAGCGAGUACAGCACCUACGACCCGUGCAAGCAGCUGUGGUGUAGCCACCCUGAGAACCCCUUCUUCUGCAAGACCAAGAAAGGCCCGCCCAUCGAUGGCACCAGGUGCGGAUCAGGCAAGCACUGCUUCAAAGGGCAUUGCAUCACUCUGACGCCUGACAUCUUGAGGCAGGAUGGGAGCUGGGGUCAGUGGAGCAAGUUUGGCUCGUGCUCACGCACCUGUGGGGGUGGCGUGCGGUUCCGCACUCGGCAGUGUGACAACCCGAUCCCUGCCAACGGAGGACGCACCUGCUAUGGCAACAGCUAUGAGUUUCAGCUCUGCAGCAUCGAGGAGUGCGCUAAAGCCUUCGCCGACUUCAGAGAGGAGCAGUGCAAGAUGUGGGAUCCCUACUUCAAGCACCAGAGCACCCUGCACAACUGGUUACCGUAUGAGCAUCCCGACCCGGAUGAGCGGUGCCAGCUGUACUGUCAGUCAAACGAGACCGGAGACGUGGUCCCGAUGAAGAGAAUGGUGCACGAUGGGACUCGCUGCUCCUACAAGGAUCCUUACAGUAUCUGUGUGCGAGGGGAGUGCGAGAAAGUGGGCUGUGAUAAUGUCAUCGCCUCGGAGAUGGAGGAAGAUAAAUGUGGCGUGUGUGGAGGGGACAACUCCACCUGUAAGAUUGUAAAAGGCAACUUCACCCGGAGCACCAAGAAAGAGGGUUUCCUCAAGAUCCUGGAAAUUCCCCUGGGGGCCAGGCAUCUGCUGAUCCGGGAGUUCAAGGGCACCCCUCAUAUACUAGCGGUAAAGAAUCAAGCCACGGGGGAUAUCUUCCUGAACAACGACGAUGACUUCCCCGAGUCUCGGACAGUCAUAGAGAAAGGAGUGGAAUGGGAGUAUCGGAAUAAUGAUGACAUGGAAAUAGUGCAGACUUCAGGGCCCCUGAAAUACGCCGUCCUCAUCAUGGUUCGAUCAUAUGGUGAUUCCAAAGUUACUCUUUCGUACAAGUACAUCCUUCAUGAAAAGCUCCAGACGUGCAUCGAGGACAACCUUCUCCUGGAGGACACGGCCUACUUCGAGUGGGCACUCAGAAAGUGGUCCCACUGCUCCAAACCCUGCGGGGGAGGUAAGCAGUACACACGCUUCGGCUGCAGGAGAAAAGCAGACGGCAAGAUGGUCCACCGCACCUACUGUUCAAAUAUUCCCAAACCCCGCGCCAUCGGCAGAGCGUGCAAUGUCAAGGAGUGUUCCCAACCAAUCUGGGAGACGGGCGAGUGGGAGGAGUGCAGCCGGUCGUGCGGUAAGACGGGCUACCAGGUGCGCAGCGUCCGCUGUGUGCAGCCCCAGGCUGACGGCUCGCGCCGCUUCAUCCACAGCAAGUUCUGCAACGACGACCGGCCCGAGAGCAGACAGCCCUGCAACCGCCAGCUCUGCCCAGCACAGUGGAGGGCUGGACCCUGGUCCCUGUGUUCAGUGACCUGCGGCAAUGGGACACAGGAGAGGCAGGUCCAGUGCAACGCAGUGGACAACGCAGAGGGCCAGUGCUUGGAUGUCAAACCAGAAACCAUCCGACCCUGUCAUCCUGUCCCCUGCCCCAAUCACACAAGAAACUUCAUAAUCCAGUGGCUCUCCAGACCCGACCCGAAGGUUUCUGCGCCCAAGACCUCCUCAAGGCAGCCCUGUAAGGGGGACAAGUCCGUCUUCUGUCGGAUGGAGAUGCUGAGCAAAUACUGCUCCAAUCAAGUGUACAAGCAGAUGUGCUGCAAGGCCUGCAAUGAGGCCAACUACACCUCCUCCAACUGGACCAGCCCCACCACCACCACCACCACCACGACAGCCCCGCAAACCAGUCCGCAGACCAGUCCGCAGACCACGUCCACCACUCCAGCCUACGACUAUUUUGAUCCCACUGAAGACUAUCUCCCUGAGGUCCCCGUCACCAGUGUGCACAGGACCACAGUGAGCGCCACUGACCUCUUCAGUACGGAGGUGCACACUACGCCGGAGCCUACAACCACUUACGAGGAGACAACGUUUCCCAUCAGCACCAGCACCACAUGGGAUGCCGAAUGCGACUGCACCAGUCCAGGGUCAACAACAACUUCCACAGCUCCCAGGUCUUACGUCCCCACAUCCUGGUUGGAUGUGGUCAGAUCCUGGAGUCCCACCACUAAGCCUGCACCGGUCACUGUCGAGUCCAGAGGCGACUCGAUCCCGCACCCUCGCAAAAAUACCAAAGUGCUCAGAUUGCCGGUCACAAGCGCACCCCACACCACCCCCACGUCCCCAAAAACAGAGGAUAGGAGAGACAAUAACUCUGUCGACGUGUCGUACAAGAUUAUUGACGUCGACAACGAGGUCUCUCCGAAUGUCUUUCUUCUCAGGAAACGACCUCACCCGUUCCGAGAGAGAACACAUAAUAAACGGAUUCAGGAGCUUCUGGCAGAGAAAAGGAGACAGGACUUGUUCAAACGAUUGAGAAGGAGACCAGCAGUGCAAUAGAUACUUGCCAUUUUGUCACUAAAAGACUUUUUUUUCCCAAAUUGUAGUCAUCAUGUCAAGAUUUCAGCUCAUUUGAGAAGAUCCGUCCAGUCUAAUGGCUACUGUUGUUGGUUAGCCAGCCACUGACCCGGCUAAAUCUAAUGACUGCAACAUGGUUGAAUUGAACAAGUUCUCAUUGAUAGUAUGAUAGAAGUGUUCACAUUAACAUUUACAGGUUAACAAUGUUUGAAGGGGAAAGCCAGCUUGCAACAUUUGCACUUUUUUUUUACCUUUACGACCCAUUCAGUCAGCAAGAGAAAGCAGUAAGAUUGUACAUGUUACUUACAUUUUGACAGCACUAUACGGUCUAGUCAACACACAAUGCACAUACAUAUAGUCUAGACACAGUGAAACACAUUUUGUCUCAUAUUGUCUUUAUUCAAUUGAAAGAGUUAAAUGUCCUAUGAUAGCUUUUUAUAAGCAAGGCUGCUUAUAUCCUGAAACCACAAAUCUUUGCUAUUGCACCCUGUUUAAUGUUCUUUGCACAUCUGUCUUUGCUGCUUCUUGAUUAUAAUGUAAGUAGCUCAUCUGUGGGCUUGAGUUUUAUACUCUGGCAAAAAUCAGGUCUUGAUGAAAAUAUUGUAUUUGUUGACCAAAAUGUUCCCAAACACUGAGACAAUCUCCAAGCAACCCAAAAUGUGGUAUUGAUAAUUCAUUAGUUCACAAUGUUUCACAUCUUCUGUGUAAAAAAAAAAAAAAAAAAACGACUUGCCAUUCUUGACUUUGUACAUAUGGUUUAGAUUUUUAUUUUUAUAUUUAUUGAACUGUCUGUUGCGUUAUUUUCCCAUUAUCACUGCAGCUUACCUCAGAGUUUCCACUUUUGCUAUGAAACAGCAGACUGCUUGAUCCUUUUACUAUAUGCAGGUGCAUGCAGCAUGGGCAGCAUUUCAGUGCACUUACUGAGAGCACCAGUUCAGAGCCCGAGACAAGUGUCUUUCACAGUACUCACACCCUCUCUUAAAACAACAAAGAAGUGACUUUUUUAUAUUAAUUUAAUAAAUUUGCAAUUGAAAUGA